ACUCGAAAACCCCAAACCCAAAGGCAUCUCCCAGUCGGAGUCGCCCCAUGGCCCCACCCACCUAUUCUCCCUGCCGGCGGCAGCCUUAACCCUAAUCUCAUCGCCUCCUCUUCCUUCUCCAGUUCCUCGAAGGCCCAGCAGACAACAGCCCCUCUUUCUUCUCAGCCAUGUCGGAGGACGAAGCGAACGCUGCUGCUGCGCCGGCAGAGGGAAAGAACUGGCGGCGGAAGGGGAAGCACGACAAGCCCAAGCCGUGGGACGAGGACCCCAACAUCGACCGCUGGAAGAUCGACAAGUUCGACCCUGCCUGGAACGAGGGCGGCAUGCUCGAAGUCAGCUCCUUCUCCACCCUCUUUCCCCAGUACCGAGAGAAGUACCUACAGGAGGCGUGGCCGGUCGUGAAGGGCGCAUUGAAGGAGUACGGGAUCUCGUGCGAGCUCAAUUUGGUGGAGGGAUCCAUGACUGUGUCGACGACCAGAAAGACAAGGGAUCCCUUCGCUAUUAUCAAGGCCAGGGAACUAAUUAAGCUUUUGUCCAGGAGCGUCCCUGCACCUCAGGCAAUCAAAAUUCUUGAUGAUGAGAUGAACUGCGAUAUUAUUAAGAUUGGUGGUCUUGUGAGAAAUAAGGAGCGGUUUGUUAAAAGGAGGGAACGGCUUUUAGGCCCUAACUUGUCUACACUCAAGGCUAUUGAGAUUUUGACUGGCUGCUACAUCUUAGUGCAGGGAAAUACUGUUGCAGCCAUGGGCAACUAUAGGGGAAGGGGACUGAAACAAGUGAGAAGGAUUGUAGAGGAUUGCAUGAAGAAUGUAAAGCAUCCAGUGUACCACAUCAAGGAACUACUAAUCAAACGUGAGCUAGCAAAAAAUCCUGCUCUAGCCAAUGAAAAUUGGGACAGAUUUCUCCCGAAGUUCAAGAAGAAGAAUGUCAAGCAGAAGAAGCCUCAAACUAAGGAGAAGAAACCGUACACACCCUUUCCACCGCCUCAACAGCCUAGCAAGAUUGAUCUUGAACUUGAGAACGGUGAGUAUUUCAUGAGUGACAAAAAGAAAUCAGCAAAGAAAUGGCAAGAGAAGCUGGACAAGCAAUCUGGGAGAGCUGAAGAAAAUAAAAGAAAAAGAGAGGCUGCAUUUGUUCCUCCAAAGGAGAACACUGCAGGUCCAUCCAAAUCUGACAAGAAUGCCAGUGACAACAGUGAGAUAGCCGAUAUAGCGAAGUCAUUAAAGAGAAAGGCGAAGGAAUUUAGAAAGAACGAGGCCCAGGAGAGUGUCAUAGCUGAAUCAUAUAUCGCAAGUAAUGAUGAAUUGCGGCAAAAAAAGAAAAAGAAAUCAACUAAGUCCAAGUAGCCCUAAUCCUCAUGCAUAAUGACACUGGCAAUUGAGAAGGAUUGCAUGAGCCAUCCCUAUAAUUAUGUCAUUCAUGCUGUGAUCGUAUUAGAUGAUGAAACAAAAUUCGAACCUUC